AUGGAAAAUGACAUAUGUAACCGUGUAAAAUAUGAUGUGACUGCUAAAGAAAUUUGGGACGAUCUUGAAGAAAGAUUCAGAAAAGAAAGCGUGCCACGUGCUUACGAAUUGAAGCGAGCAUUGACCACGUUAAGGCAAGAUAAUGCAUCAGUCUCGACUUAUUUCACAAAGAUGAGGAGACUCGUGGAAACAAAAGAUAAGGGGCUUGAUGACACGUUUGGUACUGUCAAGACCCAAAUCUUGAGUACCAAGCCGAUGCCCUCGCUUGGCACCACCUACCAUCUUGUGGCAGAGGACGAACAACAACGCAACAUAUCUGUUGCUGCUGCUAGGAAGCCAACCGUUGAUGCAACUGCUUACCAGAUCAAGACUCAAGUAGCUUUUGAUAAAGUUCAAGCUGAGAAGAAAAACAAUUGUGAAGGACUCAAAUGCAAACAUUAUGGAAAAGUAGGGCACCGUGGAAGGCUGUUUUGA